CGCGCGCGUCCCCGAGCGGAGAGAGGAGGGAAACGAUGACGUCAAGGAGGAAGCGCGCGCCGAUCAGGGAGCCUGUCAUGGCGGGUGGCGGGAAAAGGAAACUGCGAGACGGGCAGCAGAGUGAAGAUAACUUGAAGAAUGAUGUCAAGAAAAGACGCUCUGGCCAAGCAGAUGUACCACAUGAUGUGCGGCAAGAGGUGGAAAGUCUUUAUCGACUUACCAUGCCAGAGGAUUUCUACCAUUUCUGGGCUUUUUGUGCAGAAAUUGACCCAGAAGCACCUUGUGAUGCUCUGAAGUCUAUCAUUGGCCUUCAGCUUGUCGGCCCUUAUGAUAUUCUUUCUGGGAAGCACAAGAAGACUAAGAAGGGAGCUGAUAUUGACUACAAUCUGCACUGGAGGUUUUUUUACGAUCCCCCUGAAUUCCAGACUGUUCUUGUAGAGGACAACAGAACACAGUUUCAUAUGGGAUACUUCAGGGACAGUCCUGAAGAGCUACCAGUAUUUGUUGGUGCUAAUGAAGCAAGUAAAGGAUGCCUGGUCUCUCAGCUUGGAGAUAAUCUGUUUGCUGCAGUAAAACAGUUUGCCUCAAAGAAGCUUAAAGAAGCCACAGAUAAGGGGACAUUGUCUCUUGUGAAACAUUUGGUAGAGAAAGUGACUGGUGCGGCAGAAGAGCUGGGGUAUAACGUAGACCCGAAAUCCCCUGUUAUGAAAAAGAGGGACAAAAAAGUUGUGACAAAAUCUUUUCAUGGUGCAGGCCUUGUGGUCCCAGUGGAUAAGAAUGAUGUCGGCUACAGGGAGCUUCCUGAAACAGAUGGUAACCUCAAACGAAUUUGCAAAAAUAUUGUUGAAGCAGCAAAUGAUGAUGCAAGAAUGAAAGCCUUUGCGCCCAUUCAGGAGAUGUUCACAUUUGUUCAGUUUGCAAAUGAUGAGUGUGACUAUGGCAUGGGCUAUGAACUAGGAAUAGACCUCUUCUGUUAUGGAUCACAUUACUUUCACAAAAUAGCUGGCCAGCUGCUCCCUCUUGCUUACAAACUUUUGAAGAGGAAUCUGUUUGCAGAAAUAAUUGAAUCUCAUCUCUCAAACCGAAGCAGAGACCAAGUGAAUCAGCUUUCUACAUAGUCAAGACUGGUUUUCCUAAAUUUUAUUUACUUUGUACAAUAUGUUCUUCUUACUUUACCAUGCAAUAAUUCAUAAAGAUAGUUUUGUAUUAAAAUG